GCGCUUUACGGUAAAGCCGCAAAGCGGGGAAGAAGGCGGGUUAGCCGGGGGAGCGGAGGCCGCCAUGGACCGGAGGAAGAAGCCGCUGGAUGUGGCCGCCUCCUCGUUGGUAGAUCUCAAAGCAGAACUCUUCCGAAAGCAAGAAGAAUUCAAGAAAGAAAAGCUGUUGAAAGAUGCUGGCAUCUUUGCAAAGCCCAAAACUUCUAAUAAGAAACCAAGCAUCUGGAACAAACAAAACACAGGAGUUGCAAAUCGAGCUGAGAAAGAUGUUGAGCAGAAGACAGAAGAGGAUGACAUAUUAGAUAAAUCAAGGAAGAAGCUGGAAGAGAAAGCAAAGCUGUAUGAGAAAAUGACAAAAGGCGACUUCCCAGACGAAGAAACUGAGGAUUUGUAUCUAGUGGAUUUCACUCAGAAGAUCAUAGACAAACAGCACGAAGUACAGGAGCUGCAUCAGAGCGAAGCUGCUAGAAAGACUUUAGAAAAAGAGACAGAUGAUGAGGAAACUCAACCUGAAAUGGAAAUACCACCACCCGAGGACCCAGACGAAGAAUGGGUUGAUUAUGUUGAUUUCUUGGGCCGAUCUAGACGCUGUAUGAAGAAGGAUUUGCCAAGUCUGCUUAAAAUGGACCAGGAACUUCAAGGGAAAAGGCAAGGCCCUGAUGGGACUACUCUGUUAUCUGAAGACAUGAGAAGAGAACUUCAGAGACAGCAGUGGGAAAAAGAAGAAGAAGAAGCCCUCAGAAAACCCAUAGGACCCAUACAUUAUGAGGACAUUCGAGAAAACGAGGCCAGGCAGCUUGGCGUUGGUUACUUUGCCUUUUCUCGUGACAAAGAACUUAGGAAUAAACAACGGGCAACACUGGAUAUGCUAAGAGAGCAGACACUUGAUCAGAGAACUAAGCGUGAACAGUUGAAAGAAAAAAGGAAGGCAGCUCUAGAUGCAAGGCUGUCUAAACUUCGAGCACGGAAGAUUAAGAAGUUAAGGGAAGCUGGAUUAGAAGAAGAGGCAUUAAAACUGGAGAAUGCAGAGCUGAAAGGCGUUACUGAGGAACCAGAAGCUCCGAAAGUUACUGCAGCAAGUAGAAAGGUUGAGGUUGUUAUUCAGGAGAGAAGAGAUACAAAGCCUGGCGUGCCUUAUGUCCGAGAGUGGGAUAAAGGCAAAGAACUGAUGUUUGGACAAUGGUCAAAGAAACAGGAAGAACUCAGAGAUGAACGAGAUCCAGAAUUUGCGCCACCUUCUGAUUACUUUCUGGGACAAAAGAAAGAUGAUGAUUACAGAAGUCAGAAUUCAAGCAGUCCUGAAAGUUCCUCUGAAAAACUAGAAACAGAGACAACACAAAACCAACAGACGCCAUCAGCGCAGGUCAAUGGCAGCAGCACUGAGAAUGUGCCGCCAUCAGCGCGGGCUUACAACAGCAAUGUUCAAAAUGAGCCGGUGUCAACCGGGGCCCGUGGCAGUGCCACUCAAGCGCCAUCAUCAGAGGAGGAUGACAGCAGUGAGGAUGACGAUACAAUGCCAUCAGCACAGGCUUAUGGCUAUGGUGUUCAAGGUGCACCGCCGUCGAUGCAGGCGUACGGCUAUGGCACUCGAGGUGUGCUGUCAUCAGUGCCGGCUUAUGGCUAUGGCACUCAUGAAAUGCCAUUUCCAAUGCAGGCUUACGGCUACGGCGCUCAAGGCAUGAUGCCACCAAUGAACGCUUAUGGCUACAGCACUCAUGAUAUGGCAUAUCCAAUGCAGGGCUAUGGCUACGGCACCCAAGAUGUGCCGCCAGCUAUGCAGGCAUGCGGCUGCAGCACCCAAGAUGUCCCACCAGGGAUGGGGGGCUGCAGCUGCAGCACCCAAGAUGUCCCACCAGGGAUGGAGAGCUGCAGCUGCAGCACCCAGGAAGUCCCACCGGGGAUGGAGGGCUGCAACUGUGGCGCCCAAGACAUGCCACCAGGGAUGCAGGCCUGCAGCUGCAGCACCCAAGAUGCGCCGCCAUCAGCGCAGGCCUGCAGUUGCAGCACUCAAGAUGUGCCGCCAGGGAUGCAGGCCUGCGGCUGCAGCGCUCAAGAUGCGACACCUUCAGCGCAGGCUGACAGCAGCAACACUCAAAAUCAGGAACCGCUUUACCAAAGUUUAGAUGAUAUGCUGUCUUACUACAGACAAGUGACUUGAACUGAGCAAAACUGUAAGGCAAGAAUUGUGAUUUAAAUAAUUAAACGGAAUUAUCUUCUCGGCCAGAAUAUUUUUUCCCACAUCUUGGAAAAAUAAGUUCCUGUAAGUAGAUAAAAAUAAAUCUCCUGGAGACCUAA